CAUUAGGGGCUGAAAGUGCAUUUAUGAGGUGAAUCACAAUUACAGAUGAAUUAUAAUAAGCCUAUUAAAAUCUCUACUCUUCAUUUUUUAUUUUAGUUUUACACUGCAGAUUCAAAGAUUCAAAGUAAAAUAUAUAUUUUAUGUGAAUUACACUUCCUGUUUAAUACUUUGUCUGAGCUACAUUUUUUGUGUAUGACGAACCUCGUAAUUUUUGCAAACCGCCACGGCAACGUUUUGUUCUACUUUAAUUUUCUUUACAGGGUUAACAUGAACGGUUAACGUAACAAAAAUUUAAAUAAUGUGUACUAGAUUGUGUGCAUCGCAUGAUUUAAAAAAAAAAAUCCUCAGUAGAUAUAACACUAAUAGAAUGAACUCAGCUUAACGGACCUACAUUCUAUUAUGACAUCAUAAUAGCCCUUACACAUUACAAAGAAUCUUGCUGAAAAGAGCCUCAUUUGGCAUCUGACUGUUGUGAUUGCUGCUUGCUUAUCGCUCAUUCAAGCCAGUUUUGUUGCUGUUGUUGAGAUAAUCUUUACUCCAGCAUUUCAACAUGUGGUGCAGAGACAGAAAUACUCUCCAUAGUCAAUCUAUGCUAUGCCUAGGCAAACAGAUUUUUGGCAGACCUCCCUUUUUGCCUGAGACUGGACAAAAGAAGCCAGCUUCAGGUGAAAAUCCUCCAGGACGUCACGGGCCAAGACCUCCUACCUAUUUAAUGGAUGUGGCAGAGAAAAAUGUCACAGAAUCUUCAUGCAAGUCUGAUCUGAAAGCUAAUGCUCACCUUUCCUUACCCCCACUGCCUAGACUUGCAAGUCAGUUAGUGAGGGUGGACAAACAAACAUCUCUGCAUGAAUGCCCUGUUGCUCUGUCCACGAACAUGCCUGUUCUAGAACAAACCCAUUUCCCUGUGAAACCUCUAGUUGGACAGAACAAGUCAGCUGGACAUUUCUUCUUGCCAGAAGCUGAAGAGAAGACAUCAGUUUCAGGUGAAAGACCUCUGGGGCGUCGAGGGUCCAGACCUACUAACCAUUCAAUGAGCAUGACAAAGAGAAGCGUCAAUGACGCUUUAUGUGAGUCUGAUUGGAAAACUACCGCUCACCUCUCCUUACCCCCACUUACCAGUUUUGCAAGUCGACCAGCGAGGGUGGACAAACGUAUGACACUGCAUGAACACCACAUGGCUGUGUCCACAAAAAUGACUGUUCUGGAACCAACCCGUGUUCCUGUGAAGCCUCUAGUUGGACAGAACAAGUCAGCUGGACAUUUCUUCUUGCCAGAAGCUGAAGAGAAGACAUCAGUUUCAGGUGAAAGACCUCUGGGGCGUCGAGGAUCCAGACCUACUAACCGUUCAAUGAGCAUGACAAAGAGAAACGUCAUUGAACAUUUAUGUGAGUCUGAUCGGAAAACUACCGCUCACCUCUCCCUACCUUGGCUGCCCAGUUUUGCAAGUCGACCAGCGAGGGUGGACAAACGUACGUCUCUGCAUGAACACCCCGUUGCUGUGUCCACAAAAAUGACUGUUCUGGAACCAACCUGUGUUCCUGUUAAGCCACUUGCUGGCCCACACAAAAGAUGAAGUGUUGUUGAGGCAAGGAAUCUCACAUCUUUUCAGGGUACGUUUGACAAUGAGGAUUUCAAGAUGAAGAGGGCUCUGCCACCAAAAGGAUUUCUCCUCUUUGGUCAGAAGUUUUGAAAAGAAGCUAGACACACUGCUUGAACCCGUUUUACACCUCAGACCCUGCCUUUGAAUUUAUAGAGCAUCCACAUACAAAGAAGACAUGAUGAUGAAAAAAAUUAUAUAUAUAUAAAUAAAAAAUUGUUCCUCAAAAAAAUCUCUUUGUGCAUCAAGUAAAUGUUCCUUAUUCAUGCAUCAAAUUAUUCUUUGUGCAUCAAAGAAGCAGUCCUUUGUGCAUCAAAAAUUGCAUAUUGCCACUGGAUAAACUAUAACCUUGUUUAAUUUAAAUAAUAUUCUUUAUCAAAAGGCAGUAGAUUGAAUAUGACACAUGAAUUAUUUUCAAGUUAUGUUUACAUUUAUUUAUUAAGAGGAUAUUAGUGAGGAAUUGAACGGUCAUUGAGUAGCAGUAUGUGUUCCCAAGUUACCCCCACACAACUGUAACAUGAAA